AUGGCUAUAGGUGGCAUCGAUAAACAAGAAACAGUCAGAUUGAGGAAACGACAGGCAAGACAAUUUGAACGUUCAAUGAAAGGAGUCAAAAAGUUUUGCUCAACACAAGGUUCUAAUAUUGUUUCAACAGCUUUGGAUGAAGACGAGACGCAUAUCAAUUUUUCCAAAACCAACCUGGCAACAGAAACACUUCUGACAAACCUGUCAUUUACAAUUACACCAACAACAUCAUUCGCUAAUCAAAAUUUACUGCAGUUACCAACAUUGGCAAAAGUUUGUGAUACAUAUCGAUUGUUUACACGAUCUGCUGCUGCUGUUGCUUCUGCCGUUUUAGUUGACGUAGGUCUGGUUUCAGAUGAAGACUCAACUCUAGUAAUAGACAAAAAUAAAGUACACAGAGCUGUAUCAAAGGCCAGAAAAAAUAUAUAUCAAAAUAUUAGCAAAGUUUCACUAAACAGCAUUUAUUUUGAUGGUCGAAAAGACAAAACACUAUAUGUAAGUACUCCUGAUCCAUCAGAAAGUUUGCAAAUACUUGUCGAAUAUGUAGUUAAGGUAUAUGCUCCUAUUUGGUUUUCAAUUAAACAAAAAACAUCUUUUAAAGAUGGAGCUAAGGAUAUUUUUAAUUUAAUUUUAUUCUCUCGAUAUUUACCACCAACAAAUCUAAGAACAAUUGUAGAUUCUGUAAUUGAGAGAAAUGCUUUUUAUGCACAUCCAGAAAACCUUCUUGUUAGUAUGUUAUUUGACGACAGAGACUAUAUUCGGGAACUAGCAUGUCGAAGAAUAAUAAAAGCUAGAAAUACUGACAAUGGUUUCAAACAGAGAAUAUUUAAAACACCGAAGCUUAACUUCUCUGCUAAAGAUUAUACUGAAAUUAUUUCGUGGCAGGAGUGUCAAGUUACACUACCACCUGUGCUUCGGGAUGUUACUAAUGACAAACUCAAAAAGAUGGCAAAAGAUGGAAGCCUUAAAAUUGUUGAUUUUCCUUGCCACACACAAUCAGUAGAGAGAUAUGUUAAACUGGUAACAGAAGCAUCACAGAGUGUGACUAAUGUUAAUUCGAGAGAUGGUUUCGUAAGAACCACGUUACAAAGUCGAGCUGAAUUUCCAAUUUUCGGACAUAAAAAUAAAUUUAAAUUUUAA